AUGGGCAAGAAAGCAGCUUCUCCCGCCUACGUCCUCGGCGUGGGCAUGACCAAGUUCAUCAAGCCGCGAGGCAAAGUCGACUACAACGAGCUCGGCUUCGAGGCGGGCGUUAAGGCCAUGUUGGAUGCCAAGAUCAACUACGACGAUGUCGAGCAGGGCGUAGCCUGCUAUGUCUACGGCGACAGCACCUGCGGGCAGCGUGUCUUUUACCAAUUCGGCCUCACCCAGAUCCCUAUCUACAACGUGAACAAUAACUGCUCAACCGGAUCGACUGGUCUUGCUAUGGCGCGCACGCUCGUCUCCCACGGCGCUGCCGACUGCGUUAUGGUCGUUGGCUUUGAAAAGAUGAGCCCAGGAUCUCUGCAGUCGGUUUACAACGACCGAACCAACCCCACCGGUCUUUUCGGUAUGAUGAUGGCCGAGACUCGCGGUGUCACCAACGCUCCCGGUGCCGCACAGAUGUUUGGUAACGCUGGUCGCGAGUACAUGGAGAAGUACGGCGCCAAAGCCGAACACUUUGCCGAAAUCGCGCGAGUCAACCACGAACACUCAAAGCGGAACCCCUACUCCCAGUUCCAGGAUGAAUACACGCUUGAGCAGAUCUUGAAGGCCCCGAUGAUUCACGAGCCGCUUACCAAGCUGCAGUGCUGCCCUACUUCCGACGGAGCCGCCGCCGCUGUCAUCGUCUCCCAGGCUUUCUUGGACGCCCGCCCUCACCUCAAGGACCAGGCUGUCCUCAUUGCUGGUCAGCAGCUCGCCACGGAUAACAGUACGCUGUACAACAAGAGCUCCAUCGAUCUCAUGGGAUUCGGCAUGUCUCGGGCCGCUUGCCGCGCUGCCGUCGCCGAGGCGGGUGUGAACAUCAAGGACAUCAAGGUGUGCGAACUACACGACUGCUUCUCCGCAAAUGAAAUGAUCACGAUCGAUGCUCUUGAGCUCUCCGAGCCAGGGAAAGCCCACGAGAUGGUUGCCAAGGGAGACAUCACAUACGGCGGCAAGAUGGUCAUCAAUCCAUCAGGUGGCCUUAUCUCCAAGGGUCAUCCGCUCGGCGCAACCGGUCUGGCGCAAUGUACCGAGCUGGUUUGGCACCUGCGUGGCUGGGCCAACAACCGCUUGAUCGACGGAACCGAUGCCUGCCUGCAACACAACUUGGGACUGGGCGGUGCGGUCGUCGUGACGGUUUAUAAGCGCGCUGACGGUAGGGCUGCCAAGCCCGUGCCAUCGGCGGAGGUCGCAAAGAUCACCGGUCUCGGCUACAACCCUGCCGUGGAGGCCAAAGGCUUCACAGCCGAGCAGGCCAAGAAGGUCCUUAGCAAGACAGCGUCAGACCCGUUUGCCUUGGGCGAUGCACAAGACAGGGUUCUUGCUCGUUUCUGA